AGUUUAGUUUUAUUUUUGUUUCAAAUAAUUUAAAAAUAUUUUUGCAUUUUACAGUAAAAUUUUUCGCAGCAAAGAUUUUUCGUAUUUUCAAUUUUGUAUUAUAUGGUAUAACUUGAUUUUUGACGCGAAAUAGAAAAAUAAAUGUAUUGUGUGUUACAUUCGUCUUACGCUAAGAAAAUAUAAAUUUAUGUGACCAACCUACAAUAUUAUCAAGUAAAAAAAUAAUUGUGUUGACAAUGGACCAUAUAAGACAAUAUGACUGGUGUAGCACCGAGCCAGAUAUUUACUUUGUAGCUGAGAACGAUAUCGAUAAUUGUGUUACAGAGAAGAUUCUGAGAAACCAGUUCCACGAUCCUCUAAUAGAUAGUGAAUCUGAGGAUGAAGGGAAACCAAAAGAAACCCUUAAUUGGGAUGAAAUAUUCAGUAAGAAAAAAAAUGAUAAAAGAUUCCAGAAUGUUGUACAAGGAAUUCAUGCUGUACCACCAUUCCCGAAACUGUCAGCCCUAACAGGGCAGCAACACUACCAGUGUCUCAAAGUACUUUGUUCACAAUGCCCCGAUGUGUUACCUCAUGAAUUCAUUCCUAGGCCCACCAAACAGGACCACAGAAUAUUUGAGGAAGUCAAAGCAGUGUAUGAGAAGGAACAGCAAGAAUUUAUUAACUGGGCUAAAUCUUUGUGGACAAGUAGCCAUUGCGCUCGUGCAUUAAGACCAAAGCCACCCAUAGAAAUGGUUUAUGAAGCAGAGUUUAAAGUCCGCGCCAAUUCUCUUCAAAGUUUUCCAAAGAAUUAUGCAUUAGCUGCACAAAUACCAUUGCAAACCCCAAAUUCUAAAUGUGAUAUGGUACAUCAAGAGCACAUUAUAAAAGUGAAUGUUUCAUCGUUACCUCAAAUUGAAUAUCCAGAUAUGACUAAGAGAAUAACAAUCAUGAAACCGUGCCCAAUUCCAGAGCCUUGUAAUAAACAUCUGUGCCGUUUUAUAUUGCCAUCUGAGAGUACAAUGACGAUACUACCUCUGACAGAAAUACACCGAGAACUGGCUCAGUUUGCAUUUGAUAAGGGAGCCACUACUAUAGCGAGUGAGAGCGCUCUCCGCUGUCUGAUGCAAGAUGCCAGACAAUGGAUGCUACCUGUGUCUGUCUGCUCCGCUGUAAAUGCUGAGGGCGACAGUAGCAACGUGGUCGUGCUCGGCAGCGAGUUCUCCAUACACAAGGAGUCCGCACAGAUGAGAACCUACAAGGCUUUCAGGCGACUGCUACAAUACACGCUCGUUUCACCGACUGAAGCUGAUCUACCGAAUAACAAACACUACGCAAUGACCAAGAAGGCCAACGAAACCGAUAGUGGCAAUAAGAAACAGGAAAUCGACGAGAGUGACGAAGAGGACCAUCUGAUUAUAGACACGGAUAUGGUUGAUAAUAACCAAAUGGAAACCACAGACGAGGACACACCAUUGGAGGAAUAUAAGAGUCCACGGAGGAGUGACAGAAUAGCAAAAGAAGCACAUAAUUCGUCCAAUGAGUCUACAAACAAAAUUGGCUUCUAUAACUGCACAUGUAAAGACACGGCAUUCGAGAGCGCGACGCCGCGCUCGUACCGUCGCUGGCGCGUGCGCGACCUCGCGCGCGGCCGCCACGACCUCGUCGUGCACUGCCCGCACCGCGCGCGGGUGAGUUUCACUCAUAUAUUUCAAUUUUCCCGCGACUUCAUUAUAACCUGUGCAUGAUGUAGCUUCCCGUGAGUGAUUUUAUUUAAAUAGACCAGUAACUUCGGAGCCUAUUCAAGUGCCGCAAACGAACGACUAUUUAUUUCCUCUAUUUAAUAUUAGUAUAGCGCAUAGACAACAGAUGCAGCCAACGAGCACACGUCAGAUUGUAUAAAAUUGUCUUCCUCUACUUGAUUUUGAACCUUAAUACAUUGAACGUCGAAUUCUAAAUCGAUAACCUGCGGUUCGCUUCGAUAAUAUUUACUGCAAUUUGUUGAAACCGAUAAAAUAGAGCGCCGUCAAAAAAUAAUACAUUAUUUCGGCGCAGCCCCGCUUCUGCUUGUUGUGUGGUGAUAUUUCGUGAACCUUGCUUAAUUGACGAUUCCUCAGUUUCUUGUUUUAAUAAAAAUUUUUAGAUUCAUUCAGAGGAGGUGAUCUUAGAACCGAUACCUGAAUAUCAGAUCGAUUUGGGUGGCAGCGAACAGCCUCCAGAUAUCGUGAGGAGUUUGGCCCUCGCUAUGAUGCUUAGAAAGAAUGCCUCCAUACUGAACGGUAUGUAUAUUGCUAACAUUUAUUAUUCACUAACGUUGCUCAAAAAAUCUGUUAUCAUAAUAUACCAAAGCGUACUCUAACAGCACUCUAUCUAGAGCUUCAAUUUUUUAUCUGUGACCAAUCACUUCUUGUCUAUAGAAUUCAUUAUUCAUAAAUACCAUAAAAAAGAUAUAUCUUAACUAAAAGCGGCGGUUUUGCAGAAUGCACGUUUGGUUGAU